GUACUUUCAAUAUUUCUCAUCCAUAUCGAAGUGUAAAUCAUCUUCUUCACUUAUUUGCAUAAUAUAUUGUGAGAAAAAAUGGCUUUUAGGGCUCAAGCAUGCACUGCUCUCCUUCUCUCCCUUAAUUUGGUGCUCUUCACUAUGGUUAGCUCCACUAGUAUCCCAUUAAUACCAACUAUCCCAACUCUUAACUCUAAGGCUAAGUGUCCUUUGGACACCCUAAAGCUUGGAGUGUGUGCAAAGUUGUUGAAUGAGUUAGUACACGUUGUUGUUGGGACUCCACCCAAAACUCCUUGUUGCAGUCUUAUUGGAGAUUUGGUUGAUCUCGAAGCAGCUGUGUGUGUUUGUACUGCCCUUAAAGCUAAUAUUUUGGGCAUCAAUCUUAAUGUUCCAAUUUCGCUCAACUUACUUCUUAACUAUUGCGGCAAAAAUUCUCCACUUGGCUUCCAGUGUCCUUAAAAUUAAGUAUUGGCCAGAUUUCAUUAUUUUACCUUAUUUGAUCAUUUGGUAUUUUGUGUUUUUAUUUGGUUGUUUGGUUUUCAUAACUUAGUGUGCAUGUUGUCAGUGUGUUUGGAUUGGUUUAAUG